AUGGCGACUUGUCGAGGUCGAUGGAAAUCCAACUGGAAUCCCAUAUUGCUCAUUCUAUUGGUUGCUGUUCUUUGCUAUGUAUCUUGCCGAGAAGAAGAACCAUCUCGGAAUUACCAAUUGCCGCAACACGAUGGUAAAAGAAGAGUUGUGGAAUUAACAGAAAGCAAUUUUGGAAGAUUGAAAAAAAAUUCCGAACUUCUCGUCAUCCAUUUCGAGAUGCCACAUUAUGGGCAAGAAGAUGGCAAACGAUCGGCUAAAUUUAUGCGAGAUAUGCUAGAGCUCACAGCUCAGUUGUCAGAAUCGAAAGGAGUUAAAGUGGCAACUCUAGAUAUUGUAAAGCAGAUUGGACUGGCUCAAAAAAUAACAACAGAAAGACAAUAUCCAGGCUAUAUUGCUACGCAUUAUAAAGGCAACAUUAUCCCGUUCCAUGGCCACAGAUCUGUGGAAGUUUUAUCAGUUUUCAUCAUGAGGCUGUUAGAAGAUCCUGUCUACGAAAUUGACGGAAAAAGUCGUAAAAAGCUAUACGAUUCUGUUGAACUGCCUAAAGUUAUUGGUUAUUUCGAAGGAGAUGAGAGUAAAGAAUAUAAAGCUUUUGAAGAAGCUGCCAUCCCAUUCAGGCCUUUAAUGAUGUUUUAUAGUGUAUUUAAUAAAAAAAUAGCGAAAACGUUACGUCUGAAGAAACAAAACACAAUCACUUUCACUAAGCCUUAUGAAAAACCAAUUCAUUUUAAGGGAGAACCGAUUUUUAUGAAUGGUUAUCUUAUAGCUGCAUUUAUUCGACCUAAAUCACAUGACGGUGUAAAAUUCUUCCCGAUAGUGAAAUCCUUAGCCAAGCAAUACCGUAAAAAUGAAAAGACAGCCUUUAUUUGGGUUGAUCCUGAUGAAUUUCCAAACAUGCACGAGUAUUGGAGAAGUGGGUUUAACAUCAACAUCGAGAACAAUAUUAUUGGAGUAGUAAAUGUGACUUCGAACGAAAGCACUUGGUACCGUAGAACAGCGGAAGAUAAAACGACCGUAAAGGAUUUAAGUACAUGGCUUGAUGAUGUUAUGGAUGGAAGUGUCAUGUUUGAUUCAUUUAAUUCCAAAGCUCGUCAUCCAAAGAAAAACAAACAAGAAUUAUAA